ACAGUCCACUGUUUUCCGUGCGUUUCUCACUGAUGCCGCUCUGACCCGCUCUGAGCCGAGCUGGACCGGAGCUGGACCCGAGCUGGACUCGUUUCUCUCACCGUCUCAACCCGGAAUAAACUACAAACGCCCGUUUUCACACGCAGGUGAAGAUGAUGCUCAUCUGUGGAAUAAACAACCUGCAGAGGGACACGGUGUGAGGAUAGGAGUGGCUUUGUGUGUGCGUGCGUGUGCGUGCGUGUGCGUGUGUGUGUGUGUGUGUGUGUGUGUGUGUGUGUGUGUGUGUGUGUGUGUGUGUGCGUGUGCGUGUGGGUGGAGAGAGUGGAUGAAACCAUGUCCAUCUCAAUCAAGCAGGAAAGGACAGUGUGUGUCCUGCUGCCCACCAAGGAGAUGCUGGACAUCACUGUGGGGCUAAAGGGUACAGGACAAGAGGUCUUCUCUCGCGUCUCUGAGCUUCUUGGUGUGAAAGAGAUUCACUACUUCGGUCUGACAGUCGUCAAAGACAAUGAGCACAUGUUUCUGGACAUGGAGGAGCGGCUGGCCAAGUACUUCCCCAAGGAGUGGAAGCAGGACUCGGCAAAGGGGUCUCAGAGGAGGUGGCUCCCCCCACUGCUCUGUCUGAAAGUGCAGUACUAUGUGGAGAAUGGGAGGCUUAUCUGUGAGCGGAAGGCGAGGAGGCUGUACUACACUGAUCUGAGGGAGCGAGUCCUGCGAUCAGAAUGCCGACAACAGGAGGAAGUCUAUUUCCAGCUGGCGGGCUACGCUCUGCAGGCCGAUCUAGGAGACCACCCUCCAGAGAACCUUGACCAGCGAGUCUCUCCAUACUUCCAGCCCAAGGACUACUUCCCUCCCUGGAUUGUGGCUAAGCGUGGUGUGGAGUACCUGCUGUGUCACGGGCCGAAGGUGCACCGGGACCUGUGGGGCAUGCCCUCCCGCGACGCCAUCCUCCUCUUCAUCAGGGAGUCCAGCCGUUUGGAGGACGUGCCUGUCACCUUCUACAGGCUCCACAAGGACAAGAGAGAGGAGAAAGGCUCCGCCCUGCUGGGACUCACCCUACGAGGAAUGCAGGUUUAUCAGGAGGUGAACAACGUGCGUGAGCUGCUGUACGACUUUCCCUGGACCAAUGUGGGGAGACUCACCUUUCUGGGGAAGAGGUUCGAGAUCCAGCUGGACGGGCUGCCCUCAGCGAGGAAGCUGGUUUACUACACCGGCUCGGCUUUCCGCUCCCGCCACCUCCUCCUCCACCUGAGCGGCAGCCACCGCCUCUACCUGAGCCUGCAGCCCGCAAUCAGACACCUGCGGCAGCUGGAGGAGGCCGAGGAGAAGAAGCGAUACAGGGAGUCGUACAUCAGCGAUGACAUGGAUCCAGACCCCAACUGCAGCGAAGGCAGCCCCCGCCUCUCCAGACACUCCACCAGCAGCUCCGGCAUCGAGGCUGACGCCCGGCAGCACAGCAUCUCCGUGGAGAUGGUCUCUGUGGAAGAGGAAGAAACCCUGAGACGGACAGAGAAGUCCUUCAGCUCGGCGGCCAGUCACGGCUCCUCCCACACGUCCGGCAUCGACACUGGCAGCAAAGCCCGCGCUGAGGAGGAGGAGUGGCAGGACGAAGAGUUCCAGCAGCACGUGGACGGACCUGGAGAGGUUUCUGUGGACGAUCCGGAGGAGAUGCUGCGACUGGCUGAGCUGCUUCAGGGCGUGUCCAUGGAUUGCCCCUCCCUCGGCUCAGAGAUGAACGCAGGAGACGUACAUUUAAACCUCGUUCAGACAACUGACGGUCCAGAACCCUGUGACUCCAGCGCCACGGAGCAGGUUCUGAAGUGGAAGUCUCGAGGUUCUGCUGACCGGCACAGUCAGAGUUUGGAUGACAUCCGUCUUCUGCCUCAUCCUCUCCCGCUGACCACCCUCGCCAGUACCUCCCACAGCUACACCUUCGGACUCCCCGACGCUCCGGACUGCACGUUCGGCUCUUACCCAGAGAAGCCCUCCUUCUACGGCCGACGCUCCAUGAACUGCCUGGCGCUGGACCUCCUGGAGGAUGACCAGCUCCUAGAGCUCGUUCUGUGACUGUCGGAGAGAACAGUGAGGGUUCUCUGGUGCAGCGUAUAGAGAAACCAGUUUAGAACCUUUCAGCGGAGGCGUGGUGGUUUCAGUGUGAAGAAUCUUUUCAGUGUAUAAAGAUCCUGAUCUAAAGGUUGUUUCCCCAAGAACCGUAAGUGCAAGCCAAGAACCACUGAGAACCCCUAAGGAACCUGUCUCUGAGGGCGGAGUUCUGUUCUGCGCUCGGUGGACAAUCAGUGAAGACGGUGUGUUUAUACAGACAAUCUUGUAGAUUUUCUACGCAGUGGACGAUCUCACAGUGACACUGGUCACUCAGAUGACCAGAAAAUGUUCUUCAUGUUCUGAUGUUAAUAUGGAGUGUAAUCAAAGCCUGUUUAGCCCAGACGUUCCUAUCACCACCACUGUGAACAGUUCUGACUCAGUAAGUUUUUCUAGAAUAGAGAACCGCUCUGAACGACUCUGAUUACAUCUCAAUGAUUAAACUGUGCAGAAAUAUUAGUGGCUUCAAGUUUCCUGUUUAAAGUUUGUUGCAAGGUCUCCUUCAACGCAGCUAGUGCAGCCCCCACAGCCAACUACAGGAGCCACCACAGGAGCCCUCACAGCUGACCACAGAAGCCCCCCCGAUUCAACCAAACCAUUAAAGUGCAAACAACUAUAAAAAUACAGUCAGUAGGGUUUAGUUUGACUGGAUCACGACGCCGUGCUUCUCACAAUAUUCAGGCCGGUCGUGCAGCAGCUGUCAGUCUCUGCUCUCUUGGUGUUUCUGAAGCUGGAGCUUCACAGUAGAGCUGCUCCGUACUGCCACUCGUGGAGCUCAGGUGUUCUGCAUUUCCUCUGAGGCAUGAAAUUCCACAGGAGCUCCAAACAGAAGUGACUGAACUUGGAGUGGUUCCAGCCGGAGGCUUUGCUGAUGGACUGGUUCAGUGUGUGAUUGAUGGCACAGAGGAGCUCUGUGCUCCUGCGUCUGUUUACUCUGUGUGGGGAACGUAGGCCACGAUUGCUGAGAGCUGUGGCUGUUUUACUGAGCUUCAUCCUUUUCUCCUCCUUGGAAAACUGAAAACACUGCUUGGGUGUUUCAGUCGGAGUGUCUCCUUAUUAGGAUAAUAACGAUGCUGUCUCUCCAUAGAGUCUCAUAAAUCAUGUUCAGUAUGAGCUUCUGUUAAUGUGAUGAACUGCUGUGAAAUUAUACAAACAAAGCCUCUUUUUCUUAAUUAAAUACGUGUUUAUAUGGAAUGUU